UGUACAAUCUCUCAGCUGCGGUCAGAGGUCCGCACAGCGGAAGUCACAGGUACUGACCGGAAGUGGCUGUGGAGAGGGAGGAUUGUUUCCGGGAUGGAUUCAUGACAGUACACAGUGAAGAAAUAAAUGUCAGUGCAGAAUCCUCAUUGCCGAAGACAAUGAUCCCCUCAUUGACUGAUCCUCUGGAGAUGCAGGAGAAUGGCAGUGAGCUGACUUAUAGAGUACUAAACCUCACACUGGAGAUCAUCUACCUGCUGACUGGAGAGGAUUGUACAGUAGUGAAGAAGACUUCUGGUCAGUGUAUGAACACGAGCAGCUGUCCCCUACUGUCAACGUCUUCGAGUCCCAUGAACAUACCUCCACUUCACUCACUAAUAUGUAGGAAUAAAAAUGAGCAAAAGAUCCUAGAACACACCAAGAAGAUCCUUCAGCUGCUGACCGGAGAGGUUCCUAUAAGGUGUCAGGAUGUCUCUGUCCAUUUCUCCAUGGAUGAGUGGGAGUAUUUAGAAGGACACAAGGAUCUGUACAAGGACGCUAUGAUAGAGAAUCACCAGCCCCUUACGAUAACAGAUGGAUUCAGAACGAGAAUUCCACUAGAGAGAAGUCCCAGUCGUCUGUCUUCCCAGGAUUGUGCCAGAGAAAAUCACAAUGGCCCACAGGAUCAUCAGGGUGAAGAUGUGAUUGAUUUUAAAGUUGAAGUCAUUGCAGAAGAAGGGAAUAUGGAUGAGAUGGGUGAUCAUUUGUGUAAGGAGGAGGAAAUUCCUACAGCUAUAAGUCCAGAAAAUGACCACACCAAGAGCUCAGAGGAACAUCUCCUUUUAUAUCCAAAUUGUGAAGAAGAAAAUGAUGACGCACAAGAUUCUCCAGUGGAAAACCCCAUGACUCCAGAUACACAUGCAGUCCAUUACAGUGGAGAUGUAUCAUCUGAUCCAUCUAACCAUGACUAUCUUUCUCCUGAUCAAUCACAAAUUAUUACACAAGGCACAGGCCAUAGUGAGAAUAAAAUCUUUACAUUUCCAGACUGCAAGAAACAAUUUUUGCAGAGACCAGAUAUGUUCCCAUUUGCUCAGUGCAGCCAGUCUUCUACUUGGAAAUCUUAUGUUAUGGAACAUCAGAGACUUUACACAGGAGGGGAACAAUGUUCUUGUUCAGAAUUUGCUAAUUGCUUUUCACAGAAUACAUAUCUUCUUAAUAAUCAGAGAACACACACAAAUGUGAAUCAGUAUCAGUGUUCAGCAUGUGGGAGAUGGUUUACACAUAAAGCAAAUCUUGAGAGACAUGAGAGAAUUCACAGGGAUGAGAGGCCUUAUCAGUGUUCCGAAUGUGGGAAAUGCUUCACUCAAAAAUCAGAUCUAAUUAAACAUCAGAGAAUUCAUACGGGGGAGAAGCCGUUUUCAUGUUCAGAAUGUGGCAAAUGUUUCACCAAGAAAUCAGUUCUUGUUAAACAUCAAAGAAUUCAUACUGGAGAGAGGCCAUUUCCAUGCCUGGAAUGUGGGAAGUCCUUCACCCAGAAGUCAGGUCUUGUCGAACAUCGGAGAAUUCACACAGGGGAGAAACCGUAUUCAUGUUUGGAGUGUGGGAAAAGUUUUACUAAGAAAUCAAAUCUUGCUAAGCACUGGAAAAUUCAUACAGGGGAGAGGCCGUUUCCUUGUUUGGAAUGUGGGAAAAGUUUUGCUCAUAAAUCUGGUCUCAUUGAGCAUGGCAGACUUCACACAGGGGAGAAGCCAUUUUCCUGUUCCGAAUGUGGGAGAUGUUUUAAAUACAGAUCAAAUUUUAUAAGACAUCAGAUUCUUCAUACAAAUUAGUCACUCAUUCAUAUUCCUGACUUUGACUUGAAUUACUAUACCCCAAAUUUAUCUUUAUGUGGAAACCACAGAGUGAAAACAGAAGGAAUCCUUGUUGGAGCAGUGGCCACCUUUAAAAUUGUAUUCACUAGUUCCCUUCAAUGGGUCUUGGGCAGGAUGCUUAAUCUCCUCAAAGAGACCAGUAAUUUAUGGAAACUUACUGGAAGUACCCCAUGGUAUGGAAACUUAUUGCCAAUGCUCCAUGGGAAACAAAUAUGCACAGAGGUAUCUCCCAAGGAAGAGACCCAUCUCAACAGUGCCACCUCUUGGAAAUGGCUCCCUAUGAAAUCAAAAUUGGACUUUCCAACAAGCCUUGGGAUUUGACAAGGAAAUAUAUCCAAACCAUGGGUAUCUUGGCUACAUUCCCUUGUCAAAUCCCAAGGCUUGUUGAAAAUUCUGAUUUUGACUCGUAGGGAGUCACUUCCAAGAGCUGGUGCUAGUGAGAUGAUUCUCUUCCUCGGGAGAUACCUCUUUGUACUUCUAUGGGUCUUGAAUACUUUCUUGUUCUUUAGAGUUAUAGUUUGAAGGGAUAUGUGAAUGAGAGCAACUGUACCCAAUACUAAGUUAACCAUUGAAUUUUCAUGUAGUAGAAACUAUUCACAUUUGUAAUCCAACCACAGAACAAAAAAAAAAUUCUGUAUUGGAAUGAAGGUUUCACAUUGUUUUCUCUUAUGCUUCUCCAAGAAGGACCUCCCUUGUAAUGUUCUGAGCUGCUGUGAUUUUCUCCAGGAUGAUAUUUCUUUCCUCACACAAUGUGUGAUUUUUGUCCUAAUAUAUUGGAAGUGUUUGGUGAACCUUGUUUUAUUUAAUGUUAAUAUUUUCAAUGUUAUAUAAUGUGUCGUUCUUGGCACAUGUCUUCCAAAUCAAAAUAAAAUAGCAUGGUAUUCUG